GCCCCGCUGCCGGGAUUCUCCAGCGGCCGCUCCGCGCGCCUAGGCGAGGAGGAGGUGCGCGAUUCGUUGGGCCGCCGCUCGGGCGUCUCGUUGACGUCGCCGCCGGGCAGCGUGGUCAGCUCGCCCGGCAGCAUGGUUCGCGUGCUGGAGACGGCGCGGUCGAUGCCGUCGCUGUCGGAUCGGUCGCCGUGGCUGGGCCUGCCGGCCGGCGUCAAGGACCGCGCGCUCACGCCCAGCCGGUUCAACAAGGCGCCGGCGGGCAUGGGCGUGCUGGACCCCCGGAGCGUCUCGGGGAGCUCCCGGCGCCCCUCGCUCAGCCGCAAGGGCGCCAGCAAGGAGCAGUGCCCCCCCUCCAGCAGCUCCUCGGGCCCCGUGUACCCGGAGUCCCAGCUCCAGCACCCUGCAGGACGACACGCUGGGCCCGGAGCACGAGUUCCACUACCGGUACAACCGGAGGCUGGAAUGCUCCUCGCAGUCGGUCGCAGCUCUGAGGUUCACUCCGGACGGCGGCGCUUUCGUCUCGGCCAACGCCGCGGCCGACAUCAAGCUGUGGGACACGAAGAACUGGACAGACUGGCGCGCUUCCAGAACUGCCCGGACGAGGUCCUCUGCACCGUGGUGGUGUCGAUCUCCCAGCGUUGGAUCGUCUGUGUCUACCCGUCGGUGGUCCAGGUGUACAUGGGGCACUCCCCCAACUCGAUGGUCCUGGCCCUGCCCGCGGCUGCCAGCGCAACAGGCUCCAGGCCCGUCCGGUGGGCGUCAGCGGCCUUCUCGCCGACCAGGGAGGUCGACCACUCGCACGGCUCGGCCGGGCAGGACAACUACCUGGCGGUCCUGGGCACGGGCCACCUUCGGAUUCUCGACUACGCGACUGGUUGGCGCCUCGGCAUGCCCGGUCGCACGGUCUCGCUGAUGCAGGACGCCAGCCCGACAUGCAUCGUGUUCACGACGGACGACGGCGCUUGGAUCAUCUGCGCCUUCAGCAGCGGGCAGAUGCAGGUCUGGAACGCGUCCUCCCUGUGCCUCCACAAGACCGUGGGCGCGCACAGGAGGCUGCGUCACCUGCCUGGACCCGUCGCCCUUUGA